AUGGGACAAGAAUCCGUGGGGAAAGAUGGAAGCCGUUCCCCCGAGAAACAUGAAGAUGUUAAAGAAUCCCAAUCCGCCAGGAUUUCCAGGAAGUUGACCGAGAGUCAACAGUUCAUGGGUCGAGUCAAAGACAAACUUCCAGGGAUUGAAGCCGCCAAGUCCAUUAAAGGGGAUAUCAAGUCGAUUAUCAACGAAAGCAGGGGUAGAAGACUAAGCAUGCCACAAAGAUUAUCCGAUACCAGUAGUAGCAGUCGAAGAUCAAGCCUCUCGGGAAGAGGUAAGGAGCUACUGAAGAAGCACGUGAGCAUCCACAGAGCCAAGCAAGAUGUGAAACCAAAGCAGAAAGAUCCUCUUCACCAGUGGAUGGUUGAACACUCUGGAGGCUCCCUGAGGGAGAAGGGGUGA